GAAUUAAUUGUCGCUAAAAUGAAAAAAUAUUUUUUGACACUUUCAUUAUUUGUAAACGUAUGUUUGGCUGCAAAAAGUAAGUGUAAUAUGACUAUAGAGGAGGCGGACGUCUGUGCAAAGAAACUCAUGUUUAUCGGCGAUAGGGAUAACAUUAUUCCCACUAAUGACCAACAAAUGCAAACCUAUUGCAGUCGUAUGCAAGAGGGCAUCCGAUGUAUCCGACACUACGCCCGUUCAUGUCUGCCUCCAUUCCCGCAACAGGUGUUUGGAAUGUUUGCCUACGACUCCAAGACUGUACUCAGAAAACAAUGCAAAUUACCAAACGAUAGAUCAGAGUUCGUACGACACGUAUCAUGUUUUCUACCGAAGCCAGCGAUGGAACCGUUGCACCUCUGUAUGGAUCAGUUCAUUAUCUCACUGAAUGUCGUUAAAUCGAUGGACCCUGAUAUUAAAAUUCCUGGCGUCUGCUGUACUAACGACGUGUUGGACUUCACGUGCGGAAGGUAUGAAAGUGUGGAGAAAUGUGACAAAUAUAUGGACGCAAACGCGUGGAGUCAACUGAAAGACAACAAAAGUGCGGAACAAUUGGUGACUGAAAGAGCUCUACAGAAAUACUUUUCGCCCAUUCCUUCACUGGUGGCCGUCAUCACCAAUUAUGAGAUGCGAUGA